AUGGCUGGCAAGCUGCUGGAAGGGUCCCCCUUUCCUGAAGAACAGAAUCUAGAGGCUCUGGUCGAAGGGUUUCCAAAUGUAAUUGGGUGCAUUGAUGGCACUCGCAUUCCUUUUAAAGCUCCAUCAAUAAAUGAGGGAGACUAUGUUAAUAGGAAAUCUGUUCAUAGUAUCAAUGUGCAGGUAAUAUGUGAGGCAACCCAAAUAAUUACCAAUGUCGAGGCAAAAUGGCCAGGAUUUGUGCAUGAUGCCAAAAUUUUCCGCGAGUCAUCAUUAUGCCAGGCAUUUCAGCAGGGACAGUACAAUGGUUACUUGCUGGUGGACAGAGGAUACCCUUGUCUGCCCUGUUUAAUGACACCCUACCCUGAACCUGAGCCUGGACCACAGACACGCUUUAACCUGGCUCACAGCCGAACACGGGCCGAGGUGGAGAUGACUAUAGGGAUCCUCAAAUCUCGGUUUCAGUGUCUGCGUGGGCUCCGGGUUAGUCCAGAGAGGGCAUGUGACAUUAUAGUGGCUUGUGUUGUGCUUCACAAUAUUGCCAGUAUAAGAGGAGAGAGCCACCCUCCUUGUAUUGAGGAAGAUGGCCCAGAGGAACAUCUACAGAUUUUACAGGAGUCUAAUCAAUAUCACCUGUCCCUCAUUAAAGCUGUGAAGAGUGUGGUUGAUAAGCACCAAGAAGAACUUGCUGAGAAUCCUAAGAUUCAGAAUCGCUGGGCUAAGAUUAUGCUGAGAGAUUCCCUCAAAUAUCCAUCGUCCUGGAAGCUAACAUUGACCGAUGUACAUACGGACAAUAAGGAUUUGAAAAUCAUAUCUUUUAAGGACAUGUGGGAGCUCUACAGUCCGCAUUCUGCAGUCAGAGGGAUCUGA